AUGACCAUCCCAUACGCGCAUAGCAUACCAGAGACGGGUUAUGGGGACGAUCUUAGGCCCGGGGGCCGAAGGAUAUCUCAAGAAGUCAUAAACUUUGGUGACAGCGGUCCAAGCUAUGAGACUGCGAGCAGUGCCGCUAUGAUGGCCAUGCAAGCCAUGGUAGUAGCGACAUGGACAAGGCUGAAGUAG